AUGGAAGAUUUUCUUACAUUUGAGGAUGUUACUGGUUUAGGGUUGGCCACUACAUUACAAAAACUUGGCUUUAAUCUAAAUAAAUUACGUGAACAAGGAUACGAUGGUUCUUCAGCAAUGAAGGGUAGUUUUCGUAAUUAUCAAAGAAAAAUACUCAAAAGCAUUGUAUACCCAUUGCGUUUCCCAUUCACUGAAUCUUUGUCAGAUGCAACAAAAAUACAAGAAAUUAGAAAUAAUUUUGUGGUGAUAUCGCGAAUUACUAUUCUUAAAAACAAAAUUUUGGAAAUAAAAAAAAAUGUUCAGAUUACAAAAAUAAAAUCAUCGUAUGAAACAAGAUGGGUCUUACAUCAUGAAUCAGUUUUGAUUUAUAAAGAAUUUUCGGAGCCAAUUGUUGCUGCAUUGGAACAAUUAAAAACUGAUUCAACUAGAACUAACAGUAUGUUAAACUGCAUAUUUAAUUUUAAUUUUAUUGUAGCAGUCAAUAUUUCAAGUAAGUUAUUAGGAUAUAUAUAUAUAAUUUUUCAUAAUACUUACAAGUCAAAUUUAGAUCUGGCUACAGUUCUUAAACAAAUAGAAACGAUACAUUAACAUUUUAAAAAAUGAGAGAAAAUUGUUCGGAUGUAUUUGAUGAUAUUUACACCAAAUCAAAAGCGAUUACAACAUUAUUAAAAUCAAAGAAACCGUUCAAAUAUUCUACAUUAUUCAACUGA